CUUAUUCUUCCAAUAUUAUAAUACAUGAUGCUUAACUAUUAAAGUGAGUAGUUACAAGAACAAGGUAGCAAACAUCCUUUUUUGCAACACCUUAGAAUUUCAGAAAAAAUGGUUAGAAACUAUGGUUUCCUUGUCUGCAUUGUUGUCAUUGUCAUGGAUGUUAUUGCUGGCAUACUUGGAAUUCAAGCUGAAAUAUCUCAAAACAAGGUGAAGGAUUUGAAGAUGUGGGUGCUUGUUUGUAGGGAUCCAAGCUAUCAAGCUUUCAAGCUAGGACUUAGUGCUUCAAUUCUAUUGGCCUUGGCUCAUGCAAUUGCUCACUUCCUUGGUGGUUGCAUUUGCACAAAGUCUAUAGAAGAAUACAAAAGAGCCACAUCCAAUAGACAAUUAGCAAUGGCUUUCCUCAUUCUCUCAUGGAUAGUAUUAGGAGCUGCAUUCUCCAUGCUGAUUAUAGGCACAUUAGCCAACUCAAGAUCAAGAGAAUCGUGUGGGAUAUCAAAUCAUCGGUUUUUAUCCAUUGGAGGGGUUUUAUGUUUCAUUCACGGAUUGUUUACUGUUGCAUAUUACGUUUCAGCAACAACAACAAGAAGAGAAGAGUGCAACUGACAAGGAAAUGCAGUAUAGCCACUAGCUCAUUCUUAGUAGUUUUGGACUUUUGGUGCAAUUUUUUGUUGUUGUUGAAGAAGGGUACUGAAUAUUUGUAUCAUUAACUGGUU